AAGGAUGUUAGAUUCACCUCUGGAAAGGAAUACCCCUCAGUUAUACCCUUGCCUCAAAUCACAAUCAAGCCAGGCUAAGAUAAAAGGCAAAAUAUUUAUUCGUAAUAAGUAGAUAUAAUUUAUAAUAUGUGUAAUUUACAACAAAAGGUAACUAUUCAUUUAUAAAAUCCAUACUAAUCAAGCCAUAAAUGUUUCUAAAGUACUUCACAGAGGUAAAGAAAAUAAAAAACUUCUUCCAAACUCUACAUCUAAUCUACUUAAACAGCAGUUAUUUCAGAAAAUCCUCCAUUUUUCAUGCUCAGCUAAUGUCCUCUCUUUUUCCUACCAGAGUGGUUAUCAGAGCCUUGGGACAUGUGUCAGCUUCUUCUACUCAAUAGCUGCCACCAGGGAAACUCAGAUAUAGAAACAAAUCUCCAGCUAGGGAGCUUCUACCAGAGGAGUCUUGCAGUAUCACUUAAGAGAGAUUCCCAUUUCAGACUGUCCCUUUCUCUCCCUCUUUUUUCUCAGAGGGCUGUUAGAUCGUACCACCGAUCUCCCUUCUGAAGCCUUUGGGAGGACCUUGUAGGUCCAGUCUCUCACUCAAAACACACCCUGCUCAUUUAUGACCUAGAAGACAGUCUGGACACUCUUGUUGAAAACAAAGUUCAUUGCCUGUCCUUAGAUAUGUCAUCGAUUUUGUUUAUCUGGGAGCCAUCUCCUGACCUUACCUGGCUAAUGAACAGCUCUAGGUUUCAAGAAGCAGUAAAAUUCUCCCCUUCUCCUCCAUGUUGCUUGAGAUAGACCUGUGUGAAAUGAAUCUUUCACUGCACCUUCCUUUAUUUUGAUCCGUGUGUUAAAACAUGACUAAUAGGAGCAUGUACAUAUGAUAACCAUGCAACUCAUCCUUGGCCCUCGACUGAGGGCAGACACCAUGGUGGUUAACAGCCUUCAGAUGUCUGGUCCACAGCCUCUUUCUCUUAGGCAUCCCAUAAAGGUUGAAAGUUGGAGACGAGUCUGAGUACUGGCUUUCUUGUCAGGUCCAAGGAUGCUGAGUUUUCUCAAUUACACAUGCAUAUUUAGUUUCCUAAAGCUAGAAGGAGAAAUGAGGAGCACCAAAUAGCUUUGAUGGUACUUGUUAGCCAGAUAACCUCAUGUGAAGAGCCUGAGCAAAGUACCUCAGCCUCUGUGCUUGUAGUGCUCUCCCCAGGGUGCAGGGACCCAAGGGCUUUUCAUCACCUGAAUUUUCAUUGCCCUAAUCCCAUCCUUCAGCAGACAGCAUUGGACCACCAGCCAGUGCUCGCAGUGCUCAGCAGGGCUUUGAAUUUGUUUAUGCUCCAGGUUCUUCAUUCUCAUUUGACUCCUCUAAGUUGCAGGUUUCACAUACAACAGGAAUACUUCAACAGGUGGCAAAUCACUGAUAUUUUCUUGCGUUUUGGUGUUUCUAGAGAAAGACGGAGGGCCUGGCUUUAGACUAUGAAUAUCUCCGCGAUGACACUAGAUGACGACUUCACCAACAGCUCCUUCAACUGUACAACUGACAGCUUCAAGCAAGUCAUUUAUCCCGUCAUGUACCUCUCUAUCUUCAUCCUGGGUGCUGUUGGAAAUAGCCUCUCCAUUUAUGUUUUCUUCCAGCCUUCACAGAGGAAGACCUCGGUGAACAUUUACAUGCAGAACUUGGCUGUUUCAGAUCUCAUGUUUGUGAGCACUUUACCCUUUCGGGCCACAUAUUUCCUGAUGGGAUCACGUUGGAUAUUUGGUGACAUCGUCUGCAGGAUCAUGACUUACUCCUUGUACGUGAACAUGUACUGCAGCAUUUAUUUUCUCACCGUGCUCAGCAUGGUUCGUUUUACAGCCAUCGUCUACCCAUUCAAGCAGUGGAAAGCAACCAGCAUGAGGUAUGCCAAGAUAAUAUGUGCAGCUAUAUGGCUCUUCGUGCUGGCAGCCUCCAGCCCUUUGUUAAGCAAGGAAAUCGCUGGGUACAGGAACCCGGCCAAGUGCUUGGAUCUUCAUCCCUCCAGCACACAUAGGCUCCUCAUAAUGAACUACGUUGUCCUCAUCGUGGGCUUCAUUUUGCCUUUUUGCACAAUUAUUGUCUGCUACAUUUUUGCAAUAAAAACAUUGCUCAGGUCCAAGGCUCCACAGUGCAAGAAGACGGCCUGUCACAAGAAGGCACUGUCAGCCAUCAUCAUCACUCUCAUCCUCUUCCUCCUCUGCUUCUUGCCAUAUCAUGUACUGCGAACUGUUCACCUGAUACGCAGCGGCUGCAGCCAGGCCAACCUGCCCAUGCACAAAGCACUGGUGGUCACUCUCUGCCUCGCUGCCAUGCACAGCUGCCUCGAUCCUGUCCUCUAUUACUUCGCUGCUGAGAAUUUCAAAGCAAGAAUCAGAAGUUUAUACCGCAGGUAGCUGAUGCAGAAAUGCAAAAUGAUAUAUAGACAGUUCUGAUGUGACAUCUAGACUGAGUCCAUACUACUCAAUGGCUGAAGCUGUGUGGUGCUAGCCAGCCUGCAGCCAUGCUACUCAGUGCCAGGCACCUCCAGCGCAGAAGAGGCUUGGAAGGAGCUCACUGGGGAUGGCCAAAACCAAGGCAGGAUGAUCAGAGGUCACAUCCCUGGGUGUGAUCCCUGAUCCUCUUCUACUUAACAGUGUAGAUAUCCUUCUAGUGUUCAUCCUCCUCAGAACAAUGGAUUGAAAGAGAUUUACCUAAUCUAAGUCAAUUUAUUUAAUUUCACAAUACUGAAACAGUGACUUAAAGGGAAACUGCUCACCUGACCAACUCAGUGUCUGUGUCUGAACCUCUCUGUGCUCUGUUUCCCUGUGUGUGCAGAGGUGCGUGGUUCAGACUCUGUGACACUCAACUGCCUCAUAGCACCCUGUCAGUCCCCUUUGCAAACACCGGCCAAAGGUUUGCACACAGCAGAAAUGUGAAGCGGCACUGAUACUUUCCGCUGAGGCCAAACAGGACCCAACACCUGCUCAGGCUGUUCAGAAGGCAUUAAUGUUCCUAAAUUUUCCACUCUUAGAAGGCCACAGAGGUAGUUUAGUUAACAUUUCACUGAUUACCAAACAAGAUAACAAUUUCAAGCAAGUUGCAUCAGCAUGGAGUGCUAUGAGUAAGCCAGCUGCUGGUGGGGAGGGCAGGAUGCGGGUGCACUGAACCAGCUGCCCCCUGAGGCUCUUCACAUGGGUGCCUGAUUCCUUCGGGGCCAUCGCAACACAUGUUUUUACGCUCAUUGUUGCCACUGCUUUUCUGAAAGCCGCAGUUCGGUAGCUCAGUUCCCAUGCAGGAAUCCAGAGACAAACUUUUAGUAUCAUUUUUGUCCAAAAGGGUAGCUAGGGAGUGGUUUCCUCAUCACAGGUAAACCAGCAUGACAGCAAAUCACUGCCAAAGACAUCCCUAAUCCCUCACCUCCUGCCUGCUCCAAGGAGGAAACUGGCCCCUUUUUUCAGAGGAUUAACUUCAGUCGCUUUGAACUCCCUGACAUCAAACAUGUAGCAAUGCGGUGAGGAAGUGUAUUGUCAGGAACAGGAGGAAAGAUGGAUGGCAAAGGAGGAGGGCUGUUUUAGAAAGCAAUUGGAAGCUACACCUAUGUGUACUUCGGAAAAUCUUGCCAAAUCGCUGCCUGCAUUUUUAAGUCUCCAAAUUUUUUCUAAAAUACAUUUCCUAGAAAUCAGACCACUUGCAAUCAAGUAUAAACAGGUUAAAAACUCAAUCUGACCACAGCUAAAUUUUUGUUUUAAUUUCCUCAUUUUUUCAUAAAUAAGUCAAGAUGUUUAGUCAUAUUUUCCAGGCAAGCAGCCUGUCCCAUAUGAAAAUGAACAAAAAUGCUGAAAGCAUUCCCUCCCUGUGAAAUCCACCCAAAAAUAGGUUUCUGUCAGUGAAGAUACUUUCUCAUUAUUGCUCCCAAACAAAAAUAACUGCUGCUAGCUAUUUUCAGCUCUGUCUGAAAUAUGCAGAAAACAAAUAAUUGCUGGUCAGGUGGAAAAGUACUUGGCAAAUCACUGUGAAAGUCACAUUUUUCUUGGCUAUCUAAGGGUUAUGUUCAAUUGCAGAGUCAAUCUAUCUUGGUCACUUUCUGCUGCCUUUGAUGUAAGCAUAGAGUUUUAUCAUAAGUCUUCACUAAAGUUCAUGUUCCAAAUCCUUAUUUUGAUAACCCAGUGACGUACCUGAGAGCUGACCUAAUGAUGCCGUGUGAACUCCUGCAGUGCUUGGUCCCAUGCUAUUGAAGGAAAAGGGAAUAUUACCACCGUCUUGCAAUGGAAUGGGAUUGAGAUGGUUGCCUGUGCAGAGGGGUCAUGGACAAAUAAUUGGAAGGAAGGGGGUAAACUAUUUUUCCAUGGUUUCACCCUGUUGGGAGCAGACCUGAGCAGGGACAAGUGACAGUCUUAGUGCCUCUGACGAGAUACUGUACACCUUAAAUACUACAAGGGAGCAGAAAUACUUAGUCACAGUCUAAUCUCACUAAUGUGUUUUUGUCUUUAUCUAUCCAAUGCACCUUAUUAUCAGAUGAUUUUGCAUCUAGAGGAUAUAUGUAACUCACUUAUGAGGUCAAUUUUUUUUUUUAUCGACCAUGCUACAACUUUGUUAGCAAUUGAAUUAACUGUCAAACAUAUGUUUUAAUAAACUAGAUUUACUAGUUGCUGAAAA